UAGCAAUGUUGAAGAAAUCCGAGCCGCUGCUGAGCAACCUACAUCUCGAGUCACUAUGCCAACUCGACAAUCUCAGCCUCUAUACAGCAGCUCUCAAUCAAAGCAUGGCGGUCAGACUAUCUUCUUCAGGGGCACUGUCAUACAUUGAACAAGAGGUUGAUGUAGAAGAGUUCACAUGUAGGACACAACUUAUUCCAGCGUUCCCUCGAGGUUCAUGGGGUUUGGAUCGCAUUGAUCAGCGUCAGCUUCCAACAGACGGCAAUUUUACAAUAAACGGGACUGGGUUCGGUGUUGACGUUUAUGUCUUGGACAGUGGGAUAGAUACGAAGCACAGUUAUUUUGGAGGUAGGGCUCAAUGGGGAACCAACACAGUGGACGAUCAGGACGUUGACCUUACGGGGCACGGUACACUUGUCAGCGGCGUAAUAGGCUCGUCCAAGUAUGGAGUGGCCAAACAAGCGAGACUAAUCUCAGUUAAGGUGAUUAAGGGAUCUUCAAGAGGCACGAGUACGUCUGUAGUGAGGGGGUUGUCAUGGAUACACAAUAACGUUAGGAAGACAUCUAGAAGGAGUGUAAUAAACAUUUCACUUGGAAUUCCCGGUUCAAAUAAAGUAUUGAAUAGUAUGGUGCAGCACCUGGUCAGAGCAGGUAUUGUUGUCGUAGCAGCUGCUGGAAAUAGUGCCAAAGAUGCGUGUGAAUUCUCACCCGGACAGUUGAAAGAAGUAAUCACAGUCGGAGCAAGUUCCCCCGAAGACAAGAUGUGGGGGCCAUCUAACUACGGCGCAUGCGUAGAUAUAUAUGCCCCGGGUCAGGCUAUAACUACAGUUUGGCCUGGAAACAGAGCAGCACUUGGACAUGGUACAUCAAUUGCUGCUCCCCAUGUUACAGGUGUGGUUGCAGCCAGGAUGAUGCAAGAGCCAGAUUCUCCACACCUCAUAAAACAAUGGCUUCUGAAAAGUUCGACACACGAUGCGCUGACAUUUACUGGAAAAGGCAAAUAUAAAACGCCGAACAGAUUGUUGUACGCUGGGGAAGGAUGCAAUGAGUAGACGAGAUACAAUAAAAAUA